UAGUCGACGGGAGCGACCGGAGCCCCGGCCACCAAGGGGUGCGACCCCCCACUGGCCCCGCCUUCCCGGCUGUGGUCUGGCCAAUCAGAGAGGCUUUUACUGGCGGGUGGGCCCCGCCGGCUCAGCUGCUCCGAGGCUCUGGCAUGUCGGUUCCCGAUUCUGGUCCCCGGCCCCCAGCAGCGCCUGCCCCCUUCCCACCGGGGCCCCCCAUGAUGCCACCACCCUUCAUGCCCCCUCCGGGAAUCCCCCCGCCCUUUCCUCCGAUGGGGCUACCCCCCAUGAGUCAGAGGCCACCAGCCAUCCCCCCCAUGCCACCAGGCAUCAUGCCCCCAAUGCUACCACCAAUGGGGUCACCACCACCAAUCACACAGAUACCGGGAAUGGUGCCUCCCAUGAUGCCAGGAAUGCUGAUGCCAGCGGUGCCCGUCACCGCAGCGACGGCUCCAGGUGUGGACACCGCCAGCUCUGCUGUGGCUGGGACAGUCCCUCCGAGGGCCCUAUGGAGUGAGCAUGUGGCCCCUGACGGGCGCAUCUACUACUACAAUGCUGACGACAAGCAGUCCGUGUGGGAGAAGCCCAGCGUGCUCAAGUCCAAGGCAGAGCUGUUGCUGUCCCAGUGUCCCUGGAAAGAGUACAAGUCGGACACAGGCAAACCCUACUACUAUAACAACCAGAGUAAGGAGUCCCGUUGGACCCGGCCAAAGGACCUGGAUGACCUGGAGGCUCUAGUCAAACAAGAGGCCAUAGGGAAGCCACAGCCACAGACACAGCAGACACUACAGCCGCAGCCCCCUCAGCCACAGCCCGACCCUCCACCUGCGCCUCCUUGCCCCACCCCAGUGCCUGUGGGCCUCCUAGAACCUGAGCCAGGUGGGAGUGAAGAUUGCGAUGUGUCGGAUGCCACCCAGACCUUGGAGCAGGGGUUCUCGCAGCAGCCAGAGGAGGGCCCCAGCAGUUCUGCUGGACUGCAUCAGCCACCACAACAGGAGGAAGAGGAAUCAAAGCCAGAACCGGAGAGGUCUGGUCUCAGUUGGAGCAACCGGGAGAAGGCAAAACAGGCCUUUAAGGAGCUGCUGAGGGACAAGGCUGUCCCCUCCAAUGCCUCUUGGGAACAAGCCAUGAAGAUGGUGGUCACUGACCCCCGUUACAGUGCCUUGCCCAAACUGAGUGAGAAAAAGCAGGCAUUCAAUGCAUACAAGGCGCAGCGGGAGAAGGAAGAGAAAGAGGAGGCCCGGCUGAGGGCCAAGGAGGCUAAGCAGACUUUGCAGCACUUCUUGGAGCAGCACGAGCACAUGACCUCCACCACCCGCUACCGGAGGGCAGAACAGACCUUUGGGGAGCUGGAGGUCUGGGCUGUGGUCCCCGAGAGGGAUCGAAAGGAGAUUUAUGAUGAUGUCCUCUUCUUCCUGGCCAAGAAGGAGAAGGAACAGGCCAAGCAGCUCCGGCGCCGCAAUAUCCAGGCCCUGAAGAGCAUCCUGGAUGGGAUGAGUAGCGUCAACUUCCAAACCACAUGGUCCCAGGCCCAGCAGUACCUCAUGGAUAACCCCAGCUUUGCUCAGGACCAUCAGCUUCAGAACAUGGACAAGGAAGAUGCGCUGAUCUGCUUUGAGGAGCACAUCCGAGCUUUGGAGAGGGAGGAGGAGGAGGAACGGGAACGGGCCCGGCUUCGGGAGCGGCGCCAGCAGCGCAAGAACCGGGAGGCCUUCCAGACCUUCCUGGACGAGCUGCACGAGACAGGGCAGCUGCACUCCAUGUCCACCUGGAUGGAACUGUACCCGGCGGUCAGCACUGAUGUCCGCUUUGCCAACAUGCUGGGCCAGCCGGGCUCCACCCCUCUGGACCUGUUCAAGUUCUAUGUGGAGGAGUUGAAGGCACGAUUCCACGAUGAGAAGAAGAUCAUUAAGGACAUCCUUAAGGACCGGGGCUUCUGUGUGGAGGUGAACACAGCCUUUGAGGACUUCGCCCACGUCAUAAGCUUUGACAAGAGGGCUGCUGCGCUGGACGCAGGCAACAUCAAGCUGACCUUCAAUAGUCUACUGGAGAAGGCAGAAGCGCGGGAGAGAGAGCGAGAGAAGGAGGAAGCACGAAGGCUGCGGCGCAGGGAAGCUGCCUUUCGAAGCAUGCUGAGGCAGGCCGUGCCUGCUCUGGAGCUGGGCACUGCCUGGGAAGAGGUCCGUGAGCGCUUUGUGUGCGACUCAGCCUUUGAGCAGAUCACCCUGGAGUCGGAGCGGAUCCGGCUCUUCCGGGAGUUCCUGCAGGUACUAGAGACUGAGUGCCAGCACCUCCACACCAAAGGCCGAAAGCACACCAGAAAGGGCAAGAAGCACCAUCGCAAGCGUUCCCACUCGCCCUCAGGCUCUGAGUCGGAAGAGGAGGAGCUGCCCCCACCAUCUCUCCGGCCCCCCAAGCGGAGGCGGCAGAACCCCUCCGAAUCUGGCUCUGAGCCCUCUUCCUCACUUGAUUCAGUUGAAAGUGGGGGUGCUGUCCUUGGAGGACGGGGCUCCCCAUCCUCCCGCCUUCUCCUAGGAUCAGAUCAUGGCCUUCGGAAAGCCAAGAAACCAAAAAAGAAAACUAAAAAGAGAAGACACAAGUCGAACAGUCCCGAGAGUGUGACAGACCCUGAGGAGAAAGCUGGCAAGGAGAGUGAUGAGAAAGAACCAGAACAGGACAAGGACAGGGAGCUCCGGCUGACAGAGCUCCCUAAUCGCUCCCCAGGUUUUGGAAUCAAGAAGGAGAAGGUGAGAGGCAGGUGCCUGGCCCCAGCCCAGGCAGUGCUCUGUCCAGGCCUCCACGGCCCUCAGGGGAGGCUGUGGGUGAGCUGUGCCUUUGCUCCCCCAGACGGGCUGGGACACGUCAGAAAGUGAGCUGAGUGAGGGUGAGCUGGAAAGGCGGCGGCGGACACUCCUGCAGCAGCUGGAUGACCACCAGUGACCCAACAAGCUGCUCGGCCUUGGGUCUGUGUGAGGCUGUGGCUACUGGGUCACCCUCACUGUCUGCCCCAGACGCCUUCCUUAGUCUGGUCUGUGUCCAUUUUUCCUCAAGUAACCACCCCCAACACGCCAUUGCCGGCACCUUCUGAGGUUGCUUGUUGUGAUGAAGGGCCCCCAUUUCCCGGACAACUAGUGCAGUCCUUGCCCUUGGCCCCACGUGAGAUUGGUGGUGUAUGCCACGUGGGGUGGGUGGUGCCAGUAGAUAGAAUGUGAGAAGGGGCCUCCAGGGGAGUGACAGGCUGGUGGACACAGCCUGGGUGGCAGAGGGCGGCAUCCUUACCCUCUAGCAUCAGUGCCUGCUCCUGCCUACCCAGGUCCUGGGGCUCCACCACGCCUUCCCUCCAGCCUUGGGACCCAGUUUAUGUGUGUUUUUGUUUGGUUUUGUUUUAUAAAUAAUAUUUAUA